AUGUCAUCAAAUUCCAAUACUGAUAACAAUGACGAAUAUGUUUGGUAUGAUUGUAGAUUCGUUACUAAUCCAGCCGUCCAUGAUUAUUUACUGGAUUCACUCAGACCUAAUUUUAAAGAAUAUUUAAACCACUUUAAUUUUCAUAGAAAAUCUGAAUAUCUAGACACUACACUUUUCUUCGUAUCUCUACAUCUUAACGAUCCGAUUAAUGUUAUUGUUGCUAAAUUAAUUGUAGAGGAAAUUACGUGUGAACAAGGAAUAUUUUACUUUUAUUUAAAAGUACAAAAUGCUGUAUAUCAUAAAACGAUUCUUGAUUUAUUUUCACCACAAGAUAAUACAAAUCAUCUCAAUGAUUUUCCAAUCAACAUUGUGAAGAUUAUUCCUCGUAGAAUGAAAGAAUCAUCCUUCAUUGAUAAUUUGACAUAUGGCAAGUACUCUAUCGAUGUAAUUUUUUCUGCAAUGAAUGAUAUCAGAAAUCAUGACUAUAUGUUUUAUCUAUUCAAAGAUAUUCACAUAAAAUCCGAGUACUUUAAUCUAAUCGGGCUAUUAACAGUAGGGAAAAACAAACGAGAGAGUAUUCGUUCUUCUGAAAUAUGGAGUGGGUCUGUAGAUCCGCCAUUACGGUAUGUGGCGUCGAAAGCUUUCAAAAGUACAACUGAAUGGUUCACACAAAAGUUGACAGCUAUAUCUAAUGCAUUAACUUAUACUGAAAAACCUGAGCCUCAGACUAAACACCUAAAAAAAGAAUGA